UGCCCCCUCACGCCGGCCGGGGCCGCCAUUGCUGCGCCGCUGAGGGGAGCGGGUGGCGCCGCCCUCAGCGCUGAGGUGGGAUGGGCUGUCCGCUGCCUCGGGGCUGGGGCGGACCGGCCGGGAGGUGCUGCCCCUGCCUUCUUAAAAAACAAAAACACCAAAAACGGGUGAAGAUCUCAGAUGAUCGAGUCCAACCCAAGACCCAACACCACGACGUCAGCCAGACCAGAGCAUCGAGUGCUAUGUCCCGGCUUUCCUUAAACACCUUCAGUCUCAUCUGAGAGGAAAAUCCACAGAGGAGACAAUGACUUUCCAGCAGACUGAAGUUAAAGAGGGGUGCAAUGGCUUUUUCCUAAGAGCUCACAGAUAUCCGAGAAACCCCCUGAUUUGGAUCUGCACAGCUGAUUUCCAUACAGGAGUACUUUUCAAAUUAAAACAGGAGCUGAACUUGUGAAUUUUGGAACACCCAUCAGCAUGUGCUCUCAAAAAAAUCUCCUCUUUUCAAAAGUUAGUAAUGAAACACAUCUCGCUGGCAUGGUGGAGUCAGGACCCACUGCUUGAAUAAAACAUCAGACAAAACCAGCAUGUUGCAGGUUUGGAGGUGUUAAACAUGCCAGGAUUCUUCUGACAAGACACCAUCUGGAAUCCAGUACCAGACCUGAGCUGCCUUUUGCUGCUGCUGCUGCUUAGAACACUACCUGCCUUUUCAGCAGCUGGAGACAUGUUGGCCAAGUGAUAAACACAAAGUGGAAAAGGUUUCUGGAGCACUUCCAAAGAAUAUACACUGUAUAAAUUUAUUAAUUAUGCCCCAUUUACACCCAACUUUUCUCUGCCUUUAGCCCUUUCCAUCCAUCACUUCCCUGGUGAUCUGCUGACAUGGCACAGCAGAGAAAGCAGGCAGCUGUUGCUCCUGCCCUCCCUGCCUGCAAUAUCCUGACUCCAGGUGGAGCACAAGUCUCCAAUAAAACAGGAAUCUGUGAAAAAACAAGAUCAGCACCUCCCCAGCUGUCUACCCAGCUCCCUCUAGCCACUCCUCCGCACCAGCGAUUGGAAUCCCUGAGCUCAGCCCUGCCCUGCUUUAUGUCCCAGGUGUGUCUUUCUGUAGUGUAAUAUCUAGCCAGGGGCUGAUUUCUUUAAUACAGUUGGUGACUUUAAAAGUGUUUCUUCUACAGGUUUCUGCAGAUGUCAACACAGGCUGAGCAGCAUGAAAAGAGAAAGCUCCUGUAUUUGCUCUGCCUUGCUCCUGCUGUGAAAAACUAGGGAGGCAUUUAGACACAAACUCUUUUGGCAAUUUAGAUUCAACAGCUCUAACUCUGUGUUUGCUCUCAUAUUAACAUCCAUUCAGGAAAGCUGGGACCAGUUAUUUUCCCUCCUUGCUAAAAUGUGACCCUUGAGAGAGGGGGGUUGCUGCCAAUGUCCCUUCACAGUGCCAGCCAAAGGGCUUCUGGAGAGCAGAGCAGUGUGAGACGGUCUUACCCAGACACUCACCACAACACCCCCUCCAACCACUCCCGACUGAGCCGCUGGCCUCACCAGCAAAGGUUUUUCACUCUGGUGUCUAUUUGGGGCCACUCUCACCUUUUGGUAUCUUUGGGGCCACAUGCCUGACAGUUACUUUUAGGUUGCUUUUCAACAGCUUUGCAGAAACUAUCUACUAAAAAUCACCAGAGUGCUUCUGAUUGUAUUUUAUUUCCAAAAGCGGGAAGAUGCAAAUAGAAUGUCCUCCUGGGAUCCACCUUGUCCAAGUGUAACUUUCCUUCCCAUCUCUGCAGCAGUGCAUGAUGAGAGCAGAGCAGCUGGAAACAGCUUUCUCAUUUCACUGUCCAUUAUGCCUGACAAGCCUGUAAUGACCUUGAAAUGAGCCUCCUUGAUGUGACACCUCCCCUUCUCUCCUCCCCUGCCUGCUUCUCCUGCCUGCAGCAAUAAAUUUGAGCACGUACUCAAUUCUAGUCCCCGGGCAGCUGCGUGCUCCUCGGCACAGAUGGGGAUGGAGAAGAGGUCUCGGAGCUCUUCCAGGGAGUCCCAUAGAAGACGCAGAGAGUCCCCGGCUGCGCAGAGCAAGCGAGAGAAGAGAGAGAGCAGCAGAGGAGCUGGCAAAGGGAAGGGAGAUGUAAAGCAGGAGAAAGCCAAGGAGACCAAGAGCACUGCGGGGAGUGAUGGUAGGGUGCACACCUCCACAGUGGUGGACGUGGAUGAUGUGGUGUCUGAUGAAGAAAUGGAGGCAAUGGCAUUGCUGGAUAGUGAGCAGCAAGAGGAAGGUGUAAAGUCUCCUGGUCUGGGUGUCUGUGAGUGGCUUUUGACCAUCUUGUCUUUCCUGUUCAUCAUAAUGACCUUCCCCAUUUCUGUCUGGUUCUGCAUGAAGGUAGUGAGGGAGUAUGAGAGAGCCAUUGUUUUCCGACUCGGGCAUCUCCUUCCUGGCAGAGCCAAAGGACCUGGCCUUUUCUUUUUCCUUCCCUGUUUGGACACCUAUCACAAGAUAGACCUCCGCCUCAAAACCCUAGAGAUCCCCUUCCAUCAGGUGGUGACCAAAGACAUGGUUACUUUGGAGAUAGAUGCUGUCUGCUACUACCGGUUGGAAAACGCCUCUCUUCUCCUCACCACCCUGACCAGCAUCUCCAGUGCCAUCCAGCUGCUGGUGCAGACCACCACAAAACGCCUCCUGGCACACCAAGCCUUCUCUGAGCUUCUGCUGGAGAGGAAGAACAUCAGCCAGGAGAUAAAGGUGGCUUUGGAUGCAGUCACAGGCUGCUGGGGGAUCAAAGUGGAGAGAAUAGAAAUCAAUAACGUGCAGCUGCCUGCUGAACUCCGUCAGUCCCUGGCUGUGGAAGCAGAGGCCCAGAGACAGGCCAAAGUGCGGGUGAUUGCUGCAGAGGGGGAAAAGGCUGCUUCCGAGUCCCUGCGGAUGGCAGCUGAGAUCCUGUCCAGUGCUCCAGCUGCUGCUCAGCUCCGUUAUCUCCAUGCACUGCAUUCCCUUACCACAGAGAAACCUGCUGCUUUCAUCUUGCCCUUGCCUCUGGAUGCCAUGAACCUGGUCUCUCCAGCUACCCACAGCCCUCCAGCUGUGAGCAGCCUCCUUACAGGCACCACAAAGCUCCCAGAAAAUCCAAAAGACAAGAAGGACUCACCUAUGCUCUGAGAGAAAUGGUUCCCACAUUCCUCUUGCUCAGAAAGGAGCAAGAAGACUGGCCCACUACCAGGUUCUGAUCUGGAGGCAGGAGGAAAAGGAGUCCAGGCUUGCAAUAUAAAGUGGAUUGUACAUGGAAAAAGCCUCUACUUGUUUUGGAAAGGAAAAAAUGAGUGCAAGGGGCAGGCCUGGCAAAUGUGUGAGCAGGGGGUUGAGGGAAGUGGGGUGUCAUCCCUUCUCCUCCACAGAGCCAGGUGCACCUUGACAGGUUACAGCCUGGCUUCCAGGGU